AUGAAACCGUCUCAAUCGAAACGCUCGGACAAAAAUGGCCGAAGGAUGUUUACACCAGAUGAAGACAUGAUCAUCGUGACAAUGGUGAACCUACAGAAUGUCAAAGAUUGGAACCAUAUUGCGAGUUGCUUAAAUGGAAGAAGUCCCCGACAAGUACGAGAAAGAUAUCGGAAUUACCUCACACCAGGAAUCAUCAAUGGACCGUGGACCAGAGAAGAGGAUGAUCUUUUAAAGAAAUUAUUUAAUUCUAUUGGAUCUAAAUGGUCUCAAAUUUCAAAACAUUUCCCCAACAGAUCAGAAAUAAAUAUCAAGAAUAGAUGGGCGUCAAUCUCAAAGUCCCCAAAAAUCGAAGAAGAUAAAGAACAAAUUCCUAUCAAAAAUGCUGUUACUGAAGAAGACACGGCCAAUUUUGACAUUUUCGGUAUUGAAUCGGAACCAUUGUUUGAACCAUUUGAUAUUAUGUUUUAG